UGUGUGGGCGUGUUUUGGUGACGUCACCACUUCAAAAUGGAGGCCGUUGCUGCAAGAAGAAAACACAUAGAAGCUCGCCUAGCUCAAGAUGAGGCAAAGAUUAAAGAGUUAUCAGAAAGAUUGUCACAAAGCGAGAAAUUAACAAAAGACAUGGUUGAUAUUCUGGACUCUUUUGAUGGCCGCUUGACUAAAAUGGAUAAAACAAUAAUGCCAGUGUAUAAGAAGACGAAACAAUUGACAGCUUUACAAGAAAAUAUUGAUUCUACAAUGACUAAACUACAGCAAGUCAUUGAUUACCAUCACGUUGCCGAUGAAGUUGAUCCAAAAUUGAGAGAAGGACCUAAAGGUAAUUUUGAAGCAUAUUUGAAAUUAUUGGACAAGUUAAGAGCUGCUGUUGAUUUCUUUCGUCAUAACAAUCCGUCCAGCAUGGAGUUAUCACACGUGACAACUUCAUUUGAUCGCGGUAUCGAAAUACUCGAAAAGAACUUUAGAGAUUUAUUGCGACAUAAUUCCGAGCCAGUUCCUUAUGCAGUCCUUCAAAAGAUGGUGGACUUGGAAUUGUCACAAGCAGGAGAUGAAAUCCAAGCCUCACCCACUAAACAAGCCACGCCGACAAUACAGCACCUUCCUGACGGUGUCGUGAAAGACCUCAGUACAGUUGCACGCUAUGUCGUGACUUCAGCUGCUGAAAAUAGAGGAGACAUUUUGAAUAAUUAUGGACAAAUAAGGUCUAAUACGUUGGGAAGGACCCUCUCUUCGUUUUAUGAUAAUAACACACCAAGAAAGCAAGCCUAUGCCUCUUCUUUUGCAGUCAAGCCUGCUACUCCAACAAAGAAACAAGGUGGCAAAAAGAAAGAUAUAACUGGACUAGCAAGGAGUAAAAUAGUUCAAGGCAAGCUCUCAACUUCGUCAUUACUAGCUGGAGAUGGAGCAGUCACUUCAGAUGAACCGUUGGAGGGUGCAACAGUAGUUGUUAAAUUGUCAAUAAUUUUAAUGAAAUUAAUGAAGUCUGAAUUCGUGUUGAUGGAGCGUAUCGUACCACAGAGACACCACAGUCAUGUGUUUAACAUCAUCAUAUCAGAACCGAUUAACUAUCUCAUAUCCAAGGGAGAUAGUGUCCUCACACUGGCUCAGCGGCAGAUGACAAGGCACGAGUUUCUGACAAUUAUUUCAAUUUUAAAAAUAGUCGAAGCACUUUACAAGACCCUCCCGGAAUAUAAAUCACUUUUAUUUAAUGCAACUGGAGGGGAGGAGCUAUAUGUGAAGUUUGGGCAUUUGCUUGGAAGGUGUGAAAAACUAGCGUCAAAAGGAUUACAAGAUUACAUCGUGUACAUUAAAGGCGACUCUGAAAAAGUUUCUAAUCUUCCACGAGAUGGAACAGUACACGAACUAACGAGCAAGACGAUGUGGUUCCUGGAGCAAAUGCUAACAUUCUCAGACACUGUGGGCAGACUACAGCUGAAUCACGAGGGUUACUAUGAUCUUGAAGAUUGUAGAAAAGCAGUUGGAAAUUUUAUGGUUCAAACCCUCAAUGCCCUUGCAUUGAAUAUGGAGCAAAAAGCCAGAAACUAUGAGUCUCCUGUCCUAGCAGCUGUCUUCUUAUUAAACAACUAUUCAUUUGUACACUCAACAUUCACCAGGAAAGAGCUCAUGCUUGACCUCAUGAGAAUGGCUUUAAGAGAUAUUGAAGAGAAUUAUGUAACUUUAAUAGACAACCAGAGGAGCGGAUAUCAGAGAGGGUUUGCUAAAUUGUUGGGUCAUUUGGGACAUUUGUCAGUUAAUCUUCCUCCCACUAAGAACCAAAAACAAGCACUGAAAGACAAGUUCAAAGGGUUUAAUGUUGAGCUUGAGGAGCUAUUCAAGACCCAGCAGCAAUAUUCAAUCCCAGACCCCACUCUCAGACGAAGAGUGAGGGAUGAAAUAGUACAACUUGUGAAUAUACCCUAUGAAGCAUUUUAUGACGAGUAUUCUGGGGUAAAUUUUACUAAAAAUCGAGAUAAAUAUAUAAAAUAUACUCCAGAUGAUGUUGAAGCUAAAUUGCUUUCUUUCUUUGACCAGGGGGCGGGGCUUCAGUGAAGGCCACUCCCAAUUAUUUUUUCACCGUUUGUUUUUUAAGCCAUAAUGAACACUAACAUCUACAAUAUACCAGUAAUUUGUGUGAAAGAUUUUAAAAAUGAAAAAAUUCCGUAGCUUUUUAAAAUUAAAAAAA